UUCUCACAGACUUAUCCAGCUGGAGCAUCUGGGAAAAAAUAGAAAACUGCAGAGAACGUUGAAGUCACCCUUUGCCACAAGAUUAGAGCCAUGAGAUUUCAGCUCUUACUCUUCCUGGUGGUGCUAAACGGGGGAAUCUCAACUUAUCGACCCCUGAAAUUGUCACCCUGUGAAAUGAGAAACUUGGAGGCAUUUUGUCAGGGCAUGGAGCUUCACCAGGUGCCUACAGAGCUUCAUCCCAAUGUGUAUAAAAUUGACAUCUCUGGGAAUAAGAUUCAGAAUAUCACGGAGAGGCCCCUGACCUUUUACGCCUCCCUCCGAUAUUUAGACCUAAGUUCCAACCUGAUUGGUUUCAUCAAGCCUGGGGUCUUUGCAGAGAUGAAGAACUUAGAGGACAUCAAUUUGGCCAACAACCAGCUCUUUCUGUUGGCUCAGGAGGAUCUGUGGAUUGGAUUACUACCCCAAGUCAGGACACUAGAUCUGUCUCGCAACAGUCUCUACAAUGGGAUGGCAGAACAUUUCCUUUACCACGCCCCCUCGCUUCAGAUUCUUUCCUUGGCAGAGAACAGCAUCAUACAUAUCUCCCAAAGCAUAUUUCAGGGGUCUCCAGAGCUGGUUGAAAUCAACCUGCACAACAAUAUGAUUAUGGAGAUAGAAGAAGGAAGCUUUGAGAGCCUGUCGCAUCUCUCCAAACUGAAUCUUUCCAUGAACUCACUCACUUGCAUCACUGAGUUCAACCUCAGGCAGUUGGAAGUUCUUGAUCUCAGCCGGAACAGCAUUGAAUCCUUCCAUUCUACCAAAUCAGAGGAAGACUUCAACUUGAUCUGGCUUGACCUGAGUGAGAACAAGCUUCUUCGGUUCCCAGUUCUUCCUCAAGUCAAUAAGCUGGCUUAUUUGAACCUAACCAAGAACAUAAUGCAAUUUGUUAUGGUGGAAUCACCCAGCGAUGUGGAAUAUCAAUGGCAGGAUGGGCCUCGGUAUCACUUGGGCCAGGAUCAAAAGACCAAUUCACAUUCUCCAUACUUGCCCGCCCUGAUAUACCUGGACCUGAGUUAUAAUGAGAUCAAAUCCAUCCCAAGAGAGUUCUUUGCUUCCAUGUUUGCCCUUCAGUUCCUUAAUUUAAGCAAAAAUUGCCUGCAGACUUUUGUGGCAAGCAACGAGCUGGCCUCGUUGUCUAUCCUUGACAUUAGUUGUAACUCUUUGGAGAACCUUCAACUGGACACCAACAACUUGGGCGUUUUGCAGGAGUUCCACCUUCAAGACAACCAUCUUCAAGAGCUACGUUCAGAUAUCUUUCAAGGCCUCCCACAUCUCCAGUGGCUUAAUCUCAGAAACAACAAGCUCAGCCUAUGUGACUUGCAUUCAGGAACGGGAAGACAACGAUUUUCAUCCAAGGACCCCCACGGCUGCGUCUCAUUCGUGCAAGUUCCUGAACUUCAAUAUUUGUAUCUUUCUGCCAAUCAUCUGAAGAACCUGCCCGUGUACAGCUUCUUUGGAACAAAGCUCAGGGUAUUGGAUAUCUCCAUGAAUUGGGGACUUCAGAUAGAAGCCAAAUCAUUGGCGGGCUUGGAAUUCUCGCUGGAAUAUUUGGAUUUACACGGAAAUGGCCUGACGACUCUGAAUGUGGACUUUCCUCUUUUCCCUCACCUCAGAUAUCUCAAUCUAUCGGACAAUCGCCUUAGCUGGUUGGCUCCUUGGUCAGAGAACUGCUGUGUCCUGGAAGUCUUAGAUCUGCAAAACAACAGCUUCAACAGCUUGAAAAAUAGCCAGAUCCCAGCCCUGGAAAAAAAUCUACGGAAUUUGUACCUGGUGGGGAACCCGCUCAGUUGUUGCGGGAACAUCUGGCUCUCUCAUAUGAUCCACAAAGCCGUGGUGGAGAUUCCUAAUUUAGACCUGGUCAAGUGCCAGUACACCGGGGGUUUUGGGUUUGAGGAAGAAGUGCACGUGAGCCACGUCAAGCCGGAGGACUGCGAGAGAGAAGACCUCAAGAAAAUCAGCCUCUUGAUUUUGCUGGCCACCCUCCUGGUCCUCUCACUGAUCGUCGUGGGAGUCGGCUUGGUUUGUUGUUAUCGGAGGCACUUAUUCGGACGCCAUUAUAAGGCGUAGGCCGAGAGCCCUUUCAGGAUGGCAUUUCCAUCUUUGGGGCACCGGAUCACGUGGAGCCAAAGGGGCGAUCCGAUUCGAUUCGAUUCCACCAGGGAGUUUUCGAAAGGCUGUGAAAGUUUGGAGUAUGGGGUUGUGACUCAUUCACACGCCCAAAUCCUCACUGGGGGAUGACAUUUGUGAGAAACCAUGGGGCCAACAUGCUCCUUUAUAGGUCUAGACCAGUGUUUCUCAACCUU